GGGAAAAGUCAUUUAAUCAAAGCAAUCUACUACGAAUCUUCCAGACUUUUAUCUCAGCUGUCCAAAAACCCUGAUGAUAGAAGUGUGAUUUUUAACUGCAUCAACUGGAGUGGCCAGUUUUCAGAUUGGUGCUUCUACAAUCCAUAAUACAUUUUCCAUAGGUGCCAAUGUCAAACUGCCAUAUCAGCCCCUAGGUGAUGACAAAAUCAAUUCACUGCGUGCAAAACUUGGAGGUUUGCAGAUUCUGAUCAUUGAUGAGGUGUCUAUGGUUGACCAUCAUCUUUUGUCUUAUGUUCAUGGGAGAUUGAGACAAAUUAAGCAAACUGGUGACUACUCCAUUUUUGGAAGAGUCAGUUUGGUCUGUGUUGGUGAUUUUUACCAGCUACCGCCUGUCAAGGGAAUUCCCCUGUAUGUUGAUCCAAAAGGCAUGAAUCUUUGGGAUAACAACUUUGAAAUUGCUGAACUAACACAAGUUGUCAGGCAACAAGAUGCAUCUUUUGCUGAAAUGUUAAAUCGUCUGAGAGUUCAUAAAAAGAAUGAAACUCUAAGCCCAAAUGAUAUCAACAUGUUGAAGCAAUGUGAAACCGGUGAAGAAUGUGAUGCUAUUCAUAUAUUCCCUACAAAUGCUCAGGUUGAUGAGUACAAUAUUCAGAAACUUAAUGAGUGUUGUCCUGAGGCAAUCACCAUUCACGCUAGAGACUUUGCUAGAAAUCCAGAAACUGGAAGAAUAGAACGAAAAGUUGGAUUUCAUGCAAAAGUUUUCAACUCCUGUUUGGACAAAUGUGUUUCCUUGGGUGUUGGAGCCAGAGUAAUUCUAAGGAAAAAUGUUGAUGUUUCUGAUGGACUUGUCAAUGGAGCCUUUGGCACAGUUGUCCACAUAAGCAGAAAACAGAGACGUGAUGAUGAUGAUGAUGAUGAUGAUGAUGAUGAUGAUGACUUCCCAUCAGCUAUUCAUGUUGAAUUUGAUAAUCCAAAUGUUGGUAAAGUUCAGAGAUCAAAGCAACGACAGAAAUAUUCCCCAAAUUCUACUGUUAUUGAAGUGGAAGAAGAUCAGGUCACAAACGAUGGUGGUUUAAGACGUCAGUUUCCACUUAAAUUGGCAUGGGCAUGCACCAUUCAUAAAGUGCAAGGACUCACAGUAGAUAAAGCGGUUGUCUCACUUGACAAGGUAUUCUCUCCGGGACAAGCAUAUGUUGCACUGAGUCGUGUGAGAACCCUUGAUGGACUAAUAAUUAAUAACUUCAAAGACUCUGUCAUAUAUUGUAAUGAGAAAAUUGACUCUGCUAUGAAAAACAUGCCCCGACUUGCUUUAGAAAAUUACUGUUUUGUAAAGACGCCUGGUGUGUUUACAAUUGCUCUUCAUAAUGUACAAAGUCUUCAAGCUCAUGUUCAAGAUAUUCAAGUUCACAGACAGAUAAUGAAUGCAGAUUGUAUCUGUUUAACUGAAACCUGGCUAAAAGUUGAAGACAAAGUACAGAUUCCAGGAUUUGUUUUUAAGAACAAUCCAAGAGCUAAAUGUUAUGACAACAGUACUCCACUUUUCACUGAUUUGAAACAACAAAGAGGAGGUGGAGUUGGAUUAUUCUGUUGUGAAAGCAUUCAUUUUAAUGUUGUCAUUCCAGAACCUUGCAACUUGGAAUGUCUAUACUUUGAAGUUCCACAUAUACGUUUGAAUGCUGCUUUGCUGUACAGACCUAAUACAUACCCACUUAACCUGUUUCGACAAAAUAUGUUGAAUGUUAUUGAUGAGCUGGAGAAACAUUCAGGAAAGAAAGUGAUUAUGGGAGACUUCAAUGAGGACAUCUUGACCAUCUACAAUUGGUACAUUAAUGGAACUACAUGGAUACAGUCAACAUGUGCAACAUCAUACUACUGAAAAAGGUACACUGAUAGACCAUGUCUAUGUUAAAGAUGCAGAAAAUGUUUUAGUUGAAAUUGUGCAAACGUAUCACAGUUACCACCAAGCAGUCCUUAUUUCAAUGAGGUAAUAAUUCAUAUGUGACGUACUGAAAUCAGUAUAACCACAUUAUCUUUUCUUUUCUGUGCCCUUAUUAUGCAAUGUUCAUCCUGAGCUUCCAACUGGCAUACAACUGCAGAACAAGUGUACAACUGGAGACGGUAUGUUCUAAGACUAUAUAUCUAAAUGAAUAACUCUUAUAAUGAUCCAUCAGUUAAAUCAUUAGUUGAAUCUGUACAGAUGUUCCAUGUUAUCAAUGAAGUAAUAUCUGAAGGUAAUCCAUUUUAUCUAUGCAACACACUGAAAUGAGAAUUGUAUCACUGUAUUGUCUAU